AUGCUUGAUAGCAACAGUGCAAUUGUGUCACAAGCUAGUGCACAGUUUGAAAGUACAGGUCAAGGUUGUGCUAAGGGUCAAGAUGGUACUCAAGGUGAAGGUCGCACUCCAGGUCAAGGCAGUACAGGUUGUUUCAUUAAAGAUAGUAUCAAGGAUCAAUUAAACUGUAAAGGUAUUGAAACAGCUAUCAAGUUGCAAACAAUGCAUGGGACUGAUAUGGUUAAAACCUUUAUUGUAAAUGGUCUUGUUGUUGCUGAUAUACAUGGUAAUAAUGAUGUUGUAUUGCCAAAGGUAUUCUCACAAAAGGAUAUUCCUGUUAAUCAUGAUCAAAUUCCAAGGUAUGAAAUGUUAAAGGAUUGGCCUCAUUUAUCAAGUGUUAUUAAUAAGAUUCCAGUGUAUCAGCCAGAGUUAGACAUAGGAAUUUUGAUAGGUAGUAACUGUCCAAUAGCUUUACAACCUUUAGAGGUUGUACCCACUUCAGGUUAUGGCCCCUUUGCAGUAAGGUAUUUGCAUGGAUGGACAGUUAAUGGGCCUGUACACGUUAAGGUUAGUUCAAAUGGGGUUUCAUGUCACAGGUUACUUGUAUCUGAUGUUCAACAUGUUACUGACUGUAUUACUGUUGAAAGUAUUAGGAAGUACUUUGAGUUAGAUUUUUCAGAAAGGGAUCUUGGGUCAGUUCCUGAUGAGCGUGGCUUAUCUUUUGAGGACAUAAGAUUUGUGAAAAGGUGCCAGGAUGACAUUGAAUUUAGAGAUGGUCACUUUCAGCUACCCAUGCCUUUCAGAGAUCUCAAUGUGAAUCUUCCUAACAAUAAGAAGCAGGCUGUUAGCAGAGCUAAGUGGCAAAGGAGGAAGAUGAAGAAUAGUGAAGAUUACAGACAGCAGUACACAGCAUUUAUGGACAAGUUGUUUGAAAAAGGCUAUGCUUACAAGAUCCCAGAUGAUGAGGUCAAUAAGAUUCCUGUUUGGUAUCUUCCUCAUCACGCAGUUUUUCAUCCCAAGAAAGGGAAGAUUAGGAUUGUUUUUGACUGUAGUGCCAAGUUUGAAGGUGUGUCAUUAAAUGAUGUUCUGCUACAGGGUCCAAACCUCACCAAUUCAUUGACAGGAGUACUUAUUAGAUUCCGGCAGGAGGUUUAUGCAUUCAUUGGAGAUAUUGAAGCUAUGUUCUUUCAAAUAAAGAUUCCACCUGAGAAUCAGGACUAUGUUAGAUUCUUGUGGUGGCCUAAUGGUGACAUCAAUCGACCUCUUGAAGAAUUCCGAAUGGCUGUUCACAUUUUCGGAGCAAUCUCAUCACCGAGCAUUGCAAAUACUGCAUUGAAGGCCACAGCAGACAAAGCAGAUGAGAAGUAUGAUUCAACUGUUGGCAGCACCAUAAGGCACAAUUUCUAUGUUGACGACUGUUGA